GUCUGCUCAGGAGAUGAAGCACAUGGAGAGCGUCUCCAGCCUGGUGCAGGGCGAGCACCCGCGCCCCGACCCCAAAGCCCCGCGCCCCGGGGAGCAGCCCUGGGAGAUGAUCAUGGACAAGAAGCACUUCAAGCUGUGGCGGCGACCCAUCGAGGGCACCCAUUUGUACCAGUACCGAGUGUUUGGGUCGUACACGGACGUAACACCCAGGCAGUUCUUCAACGUGCAGCUGGACACCGAAUACCGGAAGAAAUGGGACUCGCUGGUCAUUAAACUGGACGUCAUCGAGCGGGACCUGGCCACGGGCUCCGAGGUGAUCCACUGGGUCACACAUUUCCCGUACCCCAUGUAUUCGCGGGACUACGUCUACGUCCGGCGGUACAGCGUCGACAAGGAGAACAACCUGAUGGUGCUGGUGUCGCGGUGCGUGGCCCUCCUGGCAACU